ACAAACAUUUGAGGCUCAAUUAAUCACUAAUAAUAGUUGAACCAUAACCCAUGAAGAAAAUCCUCGGACAUUUGUUGCUUCUCUCCUUAGCAAAUCUCUGCUUCUCACUUCCUCUCUCAACUAGGUCAAGAUGGAUCGUGGAUGACCAUAGCCGGGCACGGGUGAAGCUCGCGUGCACCAAUUGGGCAGCCCACCUCGAGCCCAUGUUGGCCGAAGGGCUUGAUAAGAAGCCCGUCGACCACAUUGCAACGCACGUGAAAGAAAUGGGAUACAAUUGUGUGCGCCUCACUUGGGCCACCUACAUGUUCACCAGAUACGCCACGACCACGGUGGCCCAGUCCUUUCGUAGCCUCGAGCUUCAUGAGGCUGCGGAUGGGAUAGCCCGGAACAACCCGGGCUUUCUCAAUCUCACCGUGGUCGACGCGCAACGGGCCGUGGUUGAAGAGCUUGUACGAAAGGGUCUAAUGGUUGUACUCGACAACCAUGUCAGCCAGCCCAUGUGGUGCUGUGGCGAUCAUGAUGGAAAUGGCUUCUUUGGGGAUGAGAAUUUUGAUGCCAAUGAGUGGUUACAUGGCUUGGAAAUUGUGGCCAAGCGCUACAAACAUACACCAAUGGUGGUGGGCAUGAGUAUGCGAAACGAACUUCGUGGCACGCUACAGAACUCGAGCGUGUGGUACAAGUACGUACAAAAAGGAGCAAGAACGAUCCACAAAGCUAACCCGAAUCUUCUAGUGAUCGUGUCGGGAUUGCAUUACGACCUUAGUUUCGAGUUCUUGAAGCAAAAGCCAUUGAAGAAAAUAUUCAAGAAUAAGUUGGUGUUCGAAUUCCAUCGAUACGCAUUCUCAACGGGGCAGAGGAAUUUGUGGUUAACACAACCCUUUCACACAGCUUGUGAUAGGAUCACACGAGAGAUUGAGAAAGAGGCAGGUUUUCUGAUUAAGGGUGAAAAUGCAGCUCCUUUAUUUGCAAGUGAAUUUGGAAUAAAGCAGGUGGAAAUGGGUCGGGUCGAGAGGCUAUUCUUGGGCUGUUUCGUGGGCUAUUUGGCGGAAAUGGAUCUGGAUUGGAGCGUGUGGGCUUUGCAAGGAGGGUAUUAUAUAAGGGACGGGGUUCGUGGGCUUGAUGAGACGUAUGGGAUGUUGGAUUCGGAUUGGAGCUCCAUCAGAAAUCCGGAUUUUCAUCAGCAACUUCAGCUUAUUCAGCACAAAAUCCAAGAACCCAACUCAAAGGGUCCAACAUACCAAAUAUUAUACCAUCCAUUAAGCGGGCGAUGCAUUCAUGCAAACAAUUCGGAGGUUGAGGUGGGCGAUUGCCUUGGUUUUAGUGAAUGGAGUCAUGAUGAAAAUGGACAUUCAAUUCAAUUGAUAGGCACCGAAUUGUGUCUCUCAACAAAUGGGAAAGGAAAAGCCGUAACGCUUUCUGAGGAUUGCAAUAGCAGAGAGAGUCGAUGGGAAUUGGUUUCCAACACCAAGUUUCAAGUGGCAAAUAGGGAUGCAAAUGGGGAUUAUUUGUGCUUGGAAUGGGAUCCUAAUAACUCAUCAAGAGUUGUAGCCAACAAGUGCUUCUGUUUGGAGCAAGAUGCUUCCAUCAAUUGCCUACACUCUCCCCAAACCCAGUGGUUUAAGCUUAUAUCAGGAAACGUUAGAUAAAAUGUUUAGAUAGUUUUAUUAUUUCAUUUUUUUUUAUCUCGUCGCUUAUUUUAUCAUCGCAUAUAUACACUUAUUACUGAUAUUAUAUAAAAUUAUAUAUGGAUGAUUGAUAGAUAAUAUAUAUAGUGAAAAUUGUAAUGGAAUUAAUUUAUUAGCAAUCAAUAACCGA